CCAUACACACACACACACACACACUCACUCACACAGACAUCAGUGCCGGCAUGUCGAUGGCAGCAAGAGGGGUGGACGCAAAGAAGUCCGUUGUGGAGGACGCCAACAGCUUGGAGUUCUUUGAGGACUUUGAGCAGGUGUCGACCGUGCCGCUGCUGUUGUCGGAGGUGGAGAAGAUCCUGGAGGCGCGAAAAGACCUGCAGCUGCGCGAGGACCCAGAUGCGGCCAUGAGCGCCGAGUUUACAAAGACCCUCGACUACGCACAGCGAUUCGGACACUCGCGCUCAUACGAAGCAGACGAGGCCCUCCGAUCGAUUAUGGAAGAGUUGCGGACACAGACACCAGAUAUGGAGAAGAGGUUGCACAAGUUUGAGGAGGUGCAGUUGAUCAACCUGGCGCCAGAGACCGUGGAGGAAGCAAAGGCCCUCAUCCCAACGUUGGUGCGUGUGGACGACGAUAUCUUGGAGAAUGUGCUGCAGCAGAUUAUGGCGUUCCGUUCCUUUGCAACAUAACCGCUCCUAUGUGAUCGUGUGUGAUGUGUGUGAUGUGUGU